UCCCAUCUAGCAUCUCUCUCCCUCUCUCCCCCUACUUCCUGCAUCGAAGUUCUGCAGAGGCUCGGCCCGGUCGGGAGAUAGCCCCCCUCCCCUCGACCUUCGGCCGAUCUAUGAGAGGUAUCGCAAAGAAGUGACAUAGUUGGUGUCUUUUCCCUACAGGUACGAAAAGACCCCAAAAGCCUGGAAGCGAUAUCGCUUGCGGAAACAUCAAUGACGUCGUCAGGGCCGAACCGAUCGGCAUGGAGGUCAGAAAGAGAACUUGCUCGCUGCUUUGCUUCCCCUCCUUGAAAAGCCGAACUCUCUUCUCUGCCUUCUUCCGCAUUUGCCUCGUUUGCCCUCGUUGCGCGCCGGUUCUCUUGUUGGUUGCCAAAAUCCUGAUUUCUAGAAAGGCAAAAUCAUUCGCAGGUUUUUCGGAUGAAACGUCUCAACGGCGCCGCUCGCUUGUGAUUCCAGUAAAGAAAGGACUACACCGCAUCGACGCGCGCGUGACGGCAGACAAGAAGAUCCCUUCAUCUCCAGCAGAUGACGGACGGGAAGAGAGAGGGGAAGUAGAGAUUCGAGUUCGAGGAUGUAGACGACUUAUCCCGCACCCAAAGUACUGUACAGUAGGUUUGUGUGAUGGUCCGCGGCAAGAAUAGUAUAGUUAGAUCUCGUAAAGCGAGAACUCGGUGUAGUGAGUGCCGCAUUGCGACCUACGCGGAGACGACGUCACUUGGGACGUUUGGUUUCCCCGGAGCCUUCAACUUGAUCUUCCUAUUUUGUACUCUGUACACAGCGAAAAGAUAAUCAAUGGUGGCUGCUGAUGGGCGUGAGAUGCAGACCGACUCGAUUGUCUAGACUACGCGGUCCAGAUGGUCCAGAAGCCCAGGGAUCCUAUUCCAUCGUCAAGGGAUGCAACGGUACGAAUGUCGUUCCUGAGCAAGACUCUCUUCCGGGAACGGUCAACGCAGGGAAAAGGGGGUGAUGGGAAGGGAGCAUAGAGAAGAGCGGGAAAAAGAAAGCGUAGAGCUGACGUUGAUCGGUGUCGAAUGAAGUCUUUAGGAUAUCGCGUUAGUAGGACUUUGUUGCUGGUUGUCGAGGUCUGGGAUGGAAGCUUAGUGGCCU